UCGAGUAAAAUUAUUUAUUGAUGGGGCAGAAUCUUCGGAUGCUCCUCAAAUUCAAAAAUUUGAAGAAAUAUUAAAACAAAAAACUAAAGUUCACAAAAAUGAUAUGAGUGGAGUUGAAGAAAAAAAGUUAAAAAGGAAAUUAUAUGCUAAAGAUUAUUAUCAGAAAAACAAAAAGAAAGUUCAAGAAUAUAAUCGAAAUUAUCAGAAAAAUUCAGAACUAAACAAAAAAACAAAGCAAAAAUACAUGCAAAAAUAUUACGAUAAUAAUAAAGGAAGCAUGAUAAAUUAUAAUAAAGAUUAUUAUCAGAAUAAUAAAGAAAAAAUUCUUGAAGCCCAAAGAAAGUACCGCCAAAAUAAUAAAGAAAAAAGAAUUGAAUAUAAUCGUAGAUACCAAGAAAAGAAGAAAAACAAAGAGGCAAACUUACAGGAUAUUUACCAGAAAUUAUUAGAAGUUCAAUCUGAUAAUGUGGAAGGAAAUUUCUUUAUUAGUCCACAGAAUGAUGAUUUUAACAAUAAAGAAUUAUCAAAAUGUAAAUAA